CAGACGGGUACUCUCAAAUCCCCGCCAUGUCGUCCGCAUCCACCCCCGACUCGUCUCAAUCACACUCCAAGGCCUGCUCUUGCCCCAACGCCGAUCUACCACUCCCCAUCUACGACAUCACAUCUCUCUCCCUUCUCCCUGCCGAGCUCCGAAACACUGUCUUCGACUUCCUGACCGUCGACACCUGCCCUACCCACACUAUUGCUCUCGCUCGGCUUUCAAGACACCACUAUGCGACUCUCAUCCCUCGUCUGUACAAGCGUAUUGUCGUGACCGACGAAGCCAUCGAUCGGGGUUUGUACGAGAGUCUUCAGAAUGGGUUCGAUCGAGCCGAGAUUGGAACUGGGGAUGAGAGCCUUGUGAGCAAGAGGGAUCUGCUUAGGACCUGUGAAUCGCUGAAUUUCGCGUCCCUGAACGCUAUGGAUGCUACCGGGGACGCAUGCAGGAAAGGCUUUGAGCGCCAUCACAGUGGCGUCGUACGCAAUAGGCUCCGCGGCCUUUUCGACGGUGUUACUCAUCCUGGGUAUGAAGCUGAUGCUCUCGUGGACUAUUGUCAACUAGAGGAUGACGACAGACUACCUAUGGACGAGGGAGUCAGCCGCUAUGGGAUUCGCUCGUCGAAUGCCCGAUAUCCCGCCUUGUCCACCGAGAACAUUUCCCACGUCUGUUUCCGUCUUCCUUAUCCUCUCCACUCAGCAUUGUCACACAAAAUCAGCGACUUUUACGAGUCCUUUCCGGCUCUCGGCUCCGAUGCAAGAAAGAGCUUGGUGACUCGCUUCCACAACUGCCAGUCAGACCGUCCGAUGACAGGCGUCGAGUGGACCGAGCGCACUGGUCAUACGAUGAUUGUUGACAUGCUGCCGGCUGAGAUUGAGGAGGGAGGUGAAGUGAAAGUGGAAGUCUUGUUCCACAAUAUUGUCGAAUGUUGCCGGCGGAUUAUUUGUAACGCGCGAUUCGAUCAACGAUAUGUUCCCCCAGAAAUCAUUUUCACCAACUUUGGCACUACCCCUCUCCCCUGACAGAACUGUUCGCCAUCUCUCCCUUGACGUCAAGCAAACCGUUCUCGACGAGGCUCAGACUGAGGGUACGGCAGAUACUUUCGAAAGAUGGGUUGUCGGAGUAUGCUGUGGUAGCAGACAAGAUAUAUGUGCGAGGCUACGAGGCUUGCGAAUUUUGCCCGGAGGUCGCAUAGGUCUGCUUCUAAGAUCGGCAGAACAGUCGCUGGGUGGACGGCACGGGGAAUGGUAUCAUGAACGAGCAGUGAAUGAGCGACGUGAGCAUGGUCACCUGUGAUAGGAAUAGAGA